CGAGAGGACAUGGGGCGCGCCGUUCCCCGCCACUCACUCUACCUUACAGAGCAUGGAGGUGAACCCAAUAAGUGCUUAAAGGGACACAGAAGCAUGAAAUCCUCUUAUGCCCUUGAGUCACGCUAACCCUACCACGGCCUCGCAAUUGUUCGUAAAAGUUCAACGGUCAAUGAUCUCCAACAAUGUACUUAUGGACGACCGCGACAAAGACUAAAGGCAAAGUGGAUACGAAAUGGACCUCCUUGGAGUACCAAACACAAUUCAGGAGAAAGGAGUGCGUGAGAUACGUGCCAGUCCCCGAAAACCCUGGGACGUGUCACUGCGGCCUCAGGGAAAAACAACACGUCAAUCCCCUCUCUGGCCUUCACCCGGUUCACUCCCGGAGAUUUUCAGUGUGGGAGCCCUUCGCGAUCUUGGACCUCCAUUACCUCAAGGUGCCAACGCGAGGGUCACAAGAUGCCUGGCACCAUGAAAAGGACAUUAAGGAGUUCCCGACUGAUGCUUAUGGAUCUCUGUUCUUCAGGCAGGAUCCAAGGGGAUUCUUCAAAGUGGCCCACUACAUCAGGCUCUCCGACGACACACGAAUCUGGAGGAGCAACGAGGAUCCUCCUUCCGCGGACAACGACAAUCCGGAGGUCCUACAGCUGUUUGUACAUGUCUGGAACUUGUUGGAACCCGAGCCACCGAGACUCGUCAUCUCUUUCACUGGAGACGAAAAGAAGUUUAGUCUCGAAGGGGCAAAGAAGAAGUCUUUUAUGGCCGGGCUGAUGAAGGUGGGCAUGCUGGUAUUCACUGAAUAUGUUCAGCCCAUCUGACUACCAUAAGCUUUGUUUUUUUUGCCUGAGGUCUUGCUUUGACUGUUUGUUGGUG